CUAACCUGAGCGGCCAGCGGGUGCCGUGGUACACGUGGCCGGCGUCGCUCAUGGGCGUCUUCGGAGUGGCGCUGCUGACCAACAGCGGCGGCGACCCGACCUACGCCGACGCGCUCUGCGUCUUAUCCGCCACCGUCUUUGGCUACCACAUGCACGUCAGCGGGAACGUCGCGCCAAAGUUCGAGGACCAGGAGCUUCCCUUCGUCGCCAUGCAGCUCACCGUGGUUGGAGUCGAGGCGGGCAUAUUCAAGCUCGGCGAGAUUGUCUUUGAGGCGGCUAACGGCGGACCCGACCUGAUGACCGUAAUUGCCAACGUGCCCGCCACGACUGGAGACGUGCCUUGGGCCCCGCUGGUGUACAUGGGCGUCGUGACCACCGCGUUCACGCUGUUCAUCGAGUUCAUCGCGUUCCAGAGCAUCCCCGCGUCGUUAGCCGCGCUCAUCUACACGGCGGAGCCGCUCUGGGGCGCCGCGUUUGCGUGGCAUUUCAUGGGGGAUCGGUGGGGCGGAAUCGGUUGGGCGGGGGCGGGUCUCAUCGUCAUCGCGACGGUGGGUUCGCAGUACUUGUCUUUCAAGGAGGACGUAAAGACGGACGAGAACGCGGCGCCGGCGAUUCUCCCUUAAUACUCACUAUUAUGUUGUACUCUUAUUAACCCUUAUC